AUGCAUACUGACUAUCGUCCUGUAGCCUACAAAAGGCCUAGGUCUGGAAACCCCACUAAUGAAUCCUUUUCAACUAGUAGCUCUGCCACUACCUCUCUCACUUCAGAAUCUUCAUCUAUUAGAGUGCGCAAGUCUACCAUGGCACAUUCCUUGACUGAGCGAGCUGUCAGUCUAGAUUCUACUACUACGUUGACCCAUUCCAUGUCUGGCUUGUUUAAAGACGAUGCAGAAAAACGACAUCAGGAGCAUGAAACUGCUCAGAUGCUUCCUUGGUGGUCUUCUAACCGUUUAGUCUAUUACAAAUUCGAUGAGUGUCCCGAGUACUUGAAGGACAAUGAUUGCAUUCUAACAAAAUAUCGUGCACAUCAGACAUACAAGGAGGCUUGGAUCUCAACUCUACACUUGCAUAAUGAAACUGGAAAUAUAUGGACACAUCUUGCUCCAUUUUUUAUAGCAAUGACAGGAAUGAUCUUGCAUCUAAUUUAUUAUGAUCUCCACCCUAACGCAACAUAUGCUGACUAUAUAGCAAUAUCAGUCUACUUGGGAUGUGCUGCAUAUACAUUCAUUACAUCCAGCUUAUUUCAUAUGCAUUUGGGCGUAUCACCCACCGUGUUUAUUUUUUUUGGGUGUCUAGAUUACUCUGGCAUAUCUGCCUCUAUUUUUGGUGGAUCGGCCACUACUGCAUAUUACUUUCUAUAUUGCGAUCCCAAUGCUCGUAUUGGGUGGAUAUCUGCUUUAGUCGUCGUUAAUCUUGUUGGAAUUAUUGGACCCAUAUUCAAGUUUUGGAGCGGCGCUUCAUUCCGUGCUGGAAGGGCAAUUGUAUAUUUGAGCAGUGGUGCAUGCAGCUGUGCUCCAAUCAUGUAUUACUUGGCUAUUCACGGCGUCAAAAACUUGCCUAGCAUUCACACAAGUUUUGCCAUUCCAGGAAUCUUGCUCAUGCUUUUUUUAUAUACAUUUGGUGUGAUUAUUUAUGUAUUUCGUAUUCCUGAACGAUUUGCACCAGGGUUUUUUGAUUUGGCAUUUCAUAGCCAUAUGAACUGGCAUAUUUUUGUUAUGGCAGCAUGUUGGAUGUUAUAUGCAGCUUUACUUGAUAUGAUGAAAUGGCGGUUAGCACCAAACCAUACAUGUGAGGCAUAAAUUACAAAUCAAGUGAUUGUGCAUCGAUUAAAUGUUAAAGUCAGUAGGUUAUAAUGAUAUUUAUUUGAGCAUGGUUCAAGUAGCGAAUGCUAUACAAGGACUUUUACAUCCAAAUAUCAUUUUGUUGCUUUCAGCACCUCAUCUUAAACCACUGGACUAAAAACCCUCAAAUA